CAGUCUGAGCUCCUCUUCUCCCCUUCCUCCUUCUUCAAUACGACUUGGCUCCAAACGGUUGGAGCACUUUACCGUCACUAUCCCCUCCCAAAACCCUAGAAAAUCCAAGCAAGAACCAGAGCUGAGAGACUGAUAAAGCAAAAUGGGGAAGAAAAACCAACCAGAGGACCUCCUGGAAACCCUAGGUGACUUCACCAGCAAGGAGAACUGGGACAAGUUCUUCACCAUACGAGGCAGCGACGACUCCUUCGAGUGGUACGCCGAGUGGGCCGAGCUCAGAGCCCCACUCCUGUCCCACCUCUCCAACCUCAACCAACUGCAAGGACCUUCGCCGUCUUCUGCAGCAUCGGCGGGUACGGUCUCGCCGCAGAUACUCGUGCCGGGAUGUGGCAACUCCCGGCUUUCCGAGCACGUCUACGAUGCCGGUUUUAAGAGCAUCACCAAUAUCGACUUCUCCAAGGUUGUCAUCUCCGACAUGCUGCGCCGCAACGUGCGGGAACGGCCCGGCAUGCGGUGGCGCGUCAUGGACAUGACCAGCAUGCAGUUCAUGGAUGAGACUUUUGAUGUUGUACUUGAUAAAGGUGGAUUGGACGCUUUGAUGGAGCCAGAGCUUGGGCCUAAGCUGGGGAAUCAAUAUUUGUCAGAGGUGAAGAGAAUUCUGACAUCUGGGGGAAAAUUUAUUUGCCUUACCUUGGGCGAAUCUCAUGUUCUAGGUUUGCUUUUCUCUAAGUUACGAUUUGGGUGGAAAAUGAGUGUUGAGGCCAUACCUCAGAAACCAUCCAGUAACCCUAGCCUUCGAACGUUUAUGGUGGUUGCUGAGAAAACGAUGUCUACUACUUUGCAUGAGAUAACAUCAUUGUUCAAUGAAUCUCCUCUUGCUUGUAAAGGAAAUCAGGCUUGUGGACUUCAUGAAGCUCUUGAAAAUGAGAACCGAAUUCGAAGAGGAUACUCUGAUGGUUCUCAUAUAUUGUACUCACUUGAAGACCUGCAACUUGGAGCUAAAGGGGAUCUCACGGAACUUUGUCAAGGUCGUCGGUUUGAGCUUACUUUGGGUGGAAGAGAAGGCAAUUACAGAGCAAUACUUCUCGAUGCUCGGCUGCAGUCUGAUCCAUUUGUAUAUUAUUGUGGGGUUUUUAUUGUGCCUAAGACUCGGGCUCAUGAAUGGCUAUUCUCUUCAGAAGAAGGACAAUGGACGGUAGUUGAAAGCUCAAAGGCAGCUCGUCUCAUAAUGGUUCUAUUAGACACUAGCCACAGUAAUACCAGCAUGGAUGAUAUUCAGAAGGAUUUGUCUCCACUGGUUAAACAGUUGGCACCUGGAAAAGGCGACAAUGGAGCUCAAAUUCCGUUCAUGAUGGCAAGUGAUGGGAUUAAGCAUCGGAAUAUUAUUCACAAGGUCUCAUCUCCAUUAAGUGGACCAGUAAUUGUUGAAGAUGUGGUUUAUGAAACUGUCGACAUUGAAGUUACUCGUCUUUUUCCAUCUAGUGAUUUGACAUUUCGUCGCCUCAUUUUUGAAAGAACUGAAAGUCUGGUGCAGUCAGAAGCUUUGCUAAUUAAGGAGGGAUCUUCUCAUGAAGUUAAUCAGAUUGAGAGGAAGAAAAGUAGUUCAUCUUCCAAAGCCAAGAGAAAAGGAGCUGAGAAGCAAAUUGAACCGAGCAACCAGCUGAGGGUCUAUCAUAGCUAUUUGGCUAGUUCUUAUCACACAGGGAUUAUUUCUGGGUUUAGCUUGAUUUCUUCUUAUAUGGAAAAUGUGGUGGUGGCAGGAAAAACUGUUAAAGCAGUUGUUAUAGGUCUUGGAGCUGGUUUACUUCCUAUGUUCCUUCAUGAAUGUAUGCCCUUUUUACAUGUUGAGGUGGUGGAGUUAGAUCCUGUGAUCCUCGGUCUUGCAAAAAACUUCUUUGGUUUUACUGAAGAUAAGUGUUUGAAGGUGCAUGUUGCAGAUGGUAUCCAGUAUGUUGGAAAGCUUGCUAAUUCUGCAGAAGCUGAUGAAGUGUCCGUCUUCCAUGGAAAUGGGGAUACUUCCUGUGGUUCAAAGUCUUAUCCCAAGGAAAAUUGCAUUCCGUAUCACAUAGAAGGCAGCGGGACUACCAAGGUUGACAUAGUUAUUAUUGAUGUGGACUCUUCAGACUCGAGCUCUGGGCUUACCUGUCCUGCCACAGAUUUUGUGGAAGUCUCUUUUCUUCAGAAUGUAAAAGAUAUCCUUUCUGAGCAAGGUCUCUUUGUCAUUAAUUUGGUCUCGAGGUCCUCAGCCAUGAAGGACAUGGUUGUUUCAAGGAUGAAAGCGGUCUUUAGCCACCUCCUUUGCCUUCAACUUGAGGAAGAUGUUAAUGAAGUUCUUUUUGCUCUUCGUUCGGAGUCUUGUAUGAAGGAGGAUUGCUUCCCCGUAGCUGCUCACAAGCUUGAGAAACUGUUGAAGCUCAAACACCCAGAGAUGAGCCAAAGCAUUGUAGAUGCUACAAAGAAGGUCAGAUGUCUCUAGUGAAAUUCAGCUAGUUGCUUUCCUAGUUGAAAUUUAUAGGAAAGGCCACUACUUCGGAACUUGAAAUUAGGGAUUCAGUUUUGAUUCAGCAAGUCUUUAUUGUUGAAGUGGACCUUUUGAAGGAAAAAAAGGUUCUUUUUUUUGUUGUUGUGGGGUGGGGGGGAAGGAAUUGGCUGUUUUCUAAUAUGUCUGGGACUCCAUUAUCUAAAGAUCAAAAAAAGAAUGUGUUGAGGUGAUCAAACUGAUAAUCCUGAAGAAAAUUUCGAUUUGGAAGGUAGAGGUUUUAUUUCAGGCUACAA